AUGGUUGAAAAAGAUCCCCAACUAAGCGCUCUAGAAGUAGGAGAAUUGGACUUAUUCGUCCAAAGUAUAGAACCAUGGCAUAUUGAGAGCAUUGGCAAUCAAUCGUGGCUUGACUGGCACAUUCGUCUACAAAAACUUAAUCAACAAGCUGUCUUGGAAGGGUCUUCUAUACAAGAAGAACUUACAAAAGAGACCCUUAUUUCUUAUGGAAAGUUACCGAUUUUAGUAAAUGAAGCGAUUUGCAUCCAAGUAUGGCGAACAAAGAUAUAUCCUCAGAUUAUGAAAUUAGAACCGGCGCCUACUCAUACUUUUGGAAUUUAUAUGGUUCUAUAUCAUGAAGCUGCAGCUGUUGGUUUGUUGGAAACUGUUCUUUUCCACGAAGAUGGAGCCCAGUGCAUCAAGGACGUGGUGAUAGAUUUGGUGCAUUACGCUGUUGACCAGCUUACUGCAUUGAUCGCACUUAUUAACACUGGUUAUCUCAAACCUCUCACCGCGAAGGAUAUCGAAUGUGAAUCCACUGCUGAGGAGUUGGAAAGACAGAAGAGGGACCUUCAGUUUGAUAUUAGUAUGAGAUGCAUAUCUAUUGUUCGCUAUUUGACUGAACAUAUGGAGACAGCAGGAGUGGGUGCGUCCAUAUCGACCAAUUUGUAUAAGACGUACGAUGUGCCGUCUUUAUUAUGUCAUCUGAUUAAUUUAACCCCGUGGAAGAAGAGCGGCGGUGAUGGUGAAAUUCAGAUAUUUACUUUUGGGCGCUGGACAAAGCCAACUUCGGAAGAUAUGUCUCAGUUGCAUCGUACGGAGGCGCAGUUAUGGUUGUGCCUUCGCCAACUAAUGUUGGAACCUCGUCUCCAACACCACUAUACUAUUGACGAAUGUCGGCGCUCUGCGUUCUGCUCUCUGCAAGCAAAAAUAACAGAUGCAAUGCUGGACCAAGUGCCCCCUUUAGGUGACCUCAAAAUGUUCUUAUGUAGACUAGCUGUGGGGGAUUACUCUAGUCUCCACAACCGCUCAAAUGGAGUAAAGAACCCUGGAUGUACGCUAAUUGAAGUAGUUCCAACUAUUAAAAAUUCCUACUUGAAAGAGGUUCACAAGCGAACAAAAAUAAUAGCUAAGGCUCAAUUGGAACACUUUCGCCUGGAUGGCUCCGAAGGAUCCAAAUCCUUGGCGAAAAGACUACUAGAGUCGUAUACGAGUGAUACAGCGCUGGCUUUGGACAGUGGUGGUGCUAAAUGUGCCAAAUGCGGUGAUAAAGCAAGCAAGAAGUGUUCUAGAUGCAAGACCGAGUGGUAUUGUGGAAGGGAAUGUCAAGUUCAGCAGUGGCCUAAACAUAAGGAAUUAUGUGACCAAUUUGCUAAACUUUGCAUGUAA